UCGCUUUCUUCUGCAUAUCCAUAUCCAGUUGAGUGAGUGUGCGUUUACAUGCAUGUGUGUGCGUUUGAAUACGACGACUGCAGAAUAAAAAUUUGCCAAUUUGGCAACAAUUCGCGAAAAAUUCUGUGAAAUUUGAGUCAUUGCCCAGCCGAAAAAACUGCCCAAAGGCGUGCAUAAGACCCACAGCUUGACUUAGCAUACCCCAAGAGAAGACCAAAAUGCGCCAGCCAUAGGAGUAGGAGGAGCCCGCUAUAGUUUGCAACGUAUUUCAGCACCAAAAGCAUACCAGGCCCUUAGACACCGAGACCCCGAGACUCCCAGAGGAGAUCGAGACACGAGUUAUCCGCCACAAAGCAAGUAACACUCUAAACAAGUACACACGAGUCUGGAGAAUGGUCAGAAAGCAAGUUGGAAUUGAAAACAGCGCAUCCCUAGAAGUAAGUAAGCAGCAGUUGGAGCAGCAGCAGCAGCAGAAGCAGGAGCAGCCGCAGCCGGAACCAGGCCAUCGAAUUGACAUUGACUUGACGCCGGAUCCGCCGACCAAUUUUGCACAACAGGCCCAUGCCAUCUACGCGCCACUGAAGCCAUCGACCCUUGCCACCAGCUAUGAGCACAGUGCGGCCCACAACUUCAAUAGUCUGCAAUAUGCCCAUCUUGCCACUAUGCCCUACAACCUCCAGUCGGUGCCGCCGCCGGAUACUGUCUCCAGCUCUGGCAACGGCAUACCAAUGGCCAUCAUGCCCACGGAAAUACCAGCCGAGGACGAGGAGCGACUCGAGCGUAUCUUCAAUCAGUUGGACCGGGACGGCGACGGCAAGGUCGACAUACACGAUCUAUCGGCGGCGCUGCACGAGUUUGGCCUGUCGAGCGUCUACGCGGAGAAAUUCAUGCAGCAGUCGGACAAGAACCAAAGUGGCAACGUGGGCUUCGCUGAAUUCCUGCACUAUGUACGGGAGCACGAGAAGAACCUGUGUCUACAGUUCUCGCACCUAGAUAGAAACCGUGAUGGCAAAGUGGAUUUGGAGGAGCUAAUAUCUGCUUUCAAGGACCUGGGCCUGGACAUUGACGUGGACGAGGCUAGAAAACUGCUAACCAGAAUGGACAAAGAUGGCAGCCUUAACAUAAGCUUUAACGAGUGGCGCGACUUUAUGCUAUUGGCUCCCUCUACGGACAUACACGAUCUGAUCAAAUUCUGGCGGCACUCUACUGCAGACUGGAGGGGGCAGGAAUGGCUGCAAUCGCCAUCGAUCAUGUAUCAAGAAAAGGAAGCACCACGGGUACGGUACCUCGACAUUGGCGAGGAUAUGAAUGUACCUGAUGACUUCACACAAAAGGAGAUGCAGACGGGCCUCUGGUGGCGACACCUUGUGGCUGGUGGCAUUGCCGGUGGAGUGUCGCGAACGUGCACAGCGCCUCUGGACAGAAUCAAGGUCUACCUUCAGGUCCAAACGACAAAAAUGGGAAUCUCAGAGUGUGCACAAAUCAUGUUGAACGAGGGCGGAUCGCGGAGCAUGUGGCGCGGCAAUGGCAUCAAUGUCCUCAAGAUUGCACCGGAAACGGCGCUCAAGUUUGCGGCGUACGAGCAAAUGAAGCGACUGAUUCGUGGCGAGGACGCCAGCAGGCAGAUGAGCAUUGUGGAGCGCUUCUAUGCCGGUGCUGCGGCAGGCGGCAUUUCUCAGACCAUCAUAUAUCCCAUGGAAGUAUUAAAGACCCGGCUGGCGCUUCGGAAGACUGGACAGUACGCGGGCAUAGCCGAUGCCGCGGCCAAGAUCUACAAGAACGAGGGUGCGCGCAGUUUCUACCGCGGCUAUGUGCCCAACAUACUGGGCAUCCUGCCCUAUGCUGGCAUAGAUCUGGCCGUCUACGAGACUCUGAAGAGACGUUACAUUGCCAGCCACGACAACAACGAGCAGCCCAGCUUCCUGGUACUCCUGGCCUGCGGCAGCACAUCGAGCGCGCUGGGACAGCUCUGCUCGUACCCGCUGGCCCUCGUGCGAACACGGCUACAGGCACAAGCCGCCGAAACAAUUACCAACCAGAAACGGAAGACGCUGAUUCCCCUGAAGAGCAGCGAUGCGCACAGUGGCGAGGAGACGAUGACCGGCUUGUUCCGCAAGAUUGUGCGGCAGGAGGGUCUGACGGGGUUGUAUCGAGGAAUAACGCCAAACUUCCUCAAAGUCCUGCCUGCCGUCUCCAUCAGCUAUGUCGUCUACGAAUACUCGAGUCGGGCGCUGGGUAUCAAGAUGUCGUGAGGUGCUUUCCUCCUAUCUCGUUUCGAUGAGGUUAACUGUCGGUGCUUACUGGCUACGGCUGUGGCUGUGGCUGUGGCUGUGGCUGCGGUCGUCUGCAGUGCGGAUAGUGCUGCUGUCACGGGCUGCCACCGCCACGGGCACUGUGCUCCGUUUUGUAUAGUAGUAGUGAUAGGGUUAAGUAAGGCAAGGCGGCCGCCACUCGCUCUCUGCUCCAUCUCUCCACCGGAGAUGGACUAUCUGCUGCUUUCCUUAAGUUUAAACCGGCCUCUUCCAUGAACUGUAGGUGUAUCCUUUAAAUAUAUAGUUGAAUUAGAUUGGUUUUUUUUUUUUUCUUAAAAUAUUAUAAAUAAGUGAUACUAUGGCUAAUUUAUUUAUAAAUACGUGAAGAGAAUGUUGAAAAUAUGCCCAGGCGAUUCCCCCAUUUCGAAGGCUAUGCCGUUGUAACUAUUAAGCUCUAAUUUAUUUAAAUUUGUACGUAGGCUAUGCGGAACAAUCCCUCAGAAAAAAAAACAGAAAACAAGAGAAGACAAGAAAAGAAAACAUACCAAAAACAAAACCAGCUACGAAGGAGAACAGAAAAGGACUAAAACUAGGCCUAUGUCCGCCCCUAAAAUGUUGUCUAUAAGGUUUUAGUAGGGGGCAAGCGCAAUAGCAGAGUGGCAUGGUCGUCGGCUGAAUGUGACGGGGGAAAUCAAAUGAAAUCAAUGGAUAUUUUUUGGCAGCGUCUAGGCUUGUACACAAAAGACAUUAAAACUAUGAUGUACUCGUUUUUCGCUUAGACUAAACAAUACACAAAAUAAUAAGGAACACUUAACGUUUACAAUGUGAUGAUAAUAGUAUAGUUGAUAAUAUACAUAUAUACAUACAUAUAAACAAACAUACAUAUACCUACCAACGAUACCGACAUAUGCGCUUUGGAGCUGUCGCGGCUGACAUUUUGUAGCAUUUUAUUUGUUAAGUUUAGUAACACUUUCUCUUAGAUCGUAUUGCAAAAGAAAAUGAAGCCAACGAGAUUAAUUGUGACUAAAGCUAACAAACAAAUGAAAACAACAUCCACAAUCUAAUUUAUUUAUAUAUCAUGCGAACACAAAAAAAAUCCCAAACCCCAAACCCCGACCACAAUCCUAAGUUCUUUUUUUUAUAAUUUUAGAAAGAAAUGAUAUAUAUAUGUAAUGAUUUUGAAUUUAAAAGUAUAUUAUAUGUAUGAUUUGUACCGUACACCUAAUUAGCCAAUUGAAUUUUUGUACCAUCUUUUAGUGAAAAUAUCAAGUAACGAUUUUUCAUUUCCCAACCAUCGCAUUCUUCUAUAUCUCAAUCAUUUUAAAACUGAAAUUUAUCAUGGAAUAUCACGCAAAACACACACAUUUUUCAAUCCAAAUAAAUACAAUAAACUAAACUGAAAACGUA